AUGAGGAACAUCCUUGCCCCCAUCAGAAGGAACCACAUCAUUGCUGAACUGCCACAGUGCUUCACCAAAGGGGCUGCCCUUCAUUCCAGGACUUCCUUCUGCCCCAAAGUGGUUGGGAUGUUCCAGGCCCAAUGGACAGGGACCAUGGGGUUUAAAGUUUCCAAGAUGAUUGUGGUUGGCGACCACUGUGGGGAAGAACUGUUUGAUCAAUCAGUUUGCAGAGACACUAUUGACAAUAACUACAAAGUCACCAUUGGGGUGGACUUACAGAUGGAGUGUUUUGAGGUCCUGCAGCUGUGGGACACAGCUGGCCAGGAGUGCUUCAAAUGCAUCGCCUCCACCUACUAUCAUGGGACUCAACCUAUAAUCAUCAUCUUCGACUUGAGCGACAUGGCCUCGCUGGGCCAUACCAGGCAGUCACUGGUUGAUGCCCUGAAGGAGAACAACCCUUUCAACGUCAUUCUCAAGAAGGAUCUUAGCUCUCCAGUGAAGUGCAGCUUCAUCAUGAGGGAAACCCUCAAAGUGACAAAAGAAAUGGAGGCUGAAUACUGGGCUGUCUCCUCACUCACAGAUGAGAAUGUGUGGAAGUUCUUUUUCCUGGUGGCAGAACUGACCUUCAAGGGCAGUGUGGUGGCAGAGCUGGAGAGGAGCAGCACACUCAGGAUUGGCGAUGCCAAGUGGAUCCACAGUGACGAGUGAGACCUGACUGAUAAGUGAUGGAGAGUGAAAUGCUGCCAGUGAUGCAAACUGUACAGAUGGGGAAGA